CUUGUAUUUGAUAAAAUUAUCGCAGCUUCAGGGACGACCGCCCUCAAACGCCCCGCAAUGGAUGAGGGUGCACUCAAAGACUAUCUCCCGGCAUCCUUCGGAGCAUCGGGAGGUGAAUUAGACAUCGAGGCCCAGAUGGAGACGGCGAGGAGGAAAGUGAAUGGUCUGCCUGAGCCCAAGGACAAGGCUUCACCCAGCUCAAAAGCCGCCAGCGACUCGGACGACGACUCUGACGACGACUCGGAAGAUGAAGACGACUACCCUGUCUCGCACGAGAUCGUCUUCAAAGCUCACGAUCGUGCUGUUACCACAAUCUCGUUGGAUCCGUCUGGAUCCCGGAUGAUCACCGGCUCAACAGACUGCACAGUCAAGCUAUAUGACUUUGCUUCCAUGGCGCCCAAUACUUUACGAGCCUUCAAAUCGGUCGACCCUACAUUCACAAAGGGCUCAGCCGCUUCUGAGACUCACCCGGUGCAUACUGCCAAGUUCAACCCAAACUCACCGAGUCAGGUUCUCGUGGUCUCAGCCACUCCUCAAGCCAGGAUACUAUCCCGCGACGGCGAAACGCUGACCGAGUUCGUCAAGGGUGACAUGUACCUCCGCGACAUGAACAUGACCAAGGGCCACAUAAGCGAAAUCACCUGUGGCACAUGGCAUCCUUCUGCAUAUGACCUCUGCGUGACCGCCGGAACGGACAGCACCCUGCGUAUCUGGGACGUGAAUGUGCGGAAUAAACAGAAAGAGGUCAUCGUCCAUAAGUCGAAGCUUGCAGGUUCAGCUGGGCGAAGUCGAAUGACUGCUGUUGCGUGGGGCAGUCAAGUCGAAGGGGGAAAUAGUCUUCUUGUUGCUACUGCGCUCGAUGGCUCUCUGCUCAUGUGGGGAGGAGACGGGCCUCACCACAGGCCCAGUGGCGAGGUCACCAAUGCCCAUACUAGCAACUCUUGGACUAGCGGUAUCGACAUCAGUGCGGAUGGGCGACUGGUUGUCACAAGGGGUGGUGAUGACACCAUCAAGCUAUGGGAUACACGCAAAUUCAAACAGCCCGUCAAUUCUGCAACUCACACCUCGACAUCAAGCCAGUACCCGACCUCGAACAUCUUGUUCGCUCCGAACGCGUCCUCCAUUAUUACUGGUUCUGAGACCGGAGACCUUUGCAUUCUCAAUCCCGCAACACUGAAACCGGACCUUGUUACCCCAAUCACCCCCGGAUCACCCCUGAUUAGCGUCCUUUGGCAUGAUAAACUGAACCAAAUCAUCACCGGCAGUGCCAACGCCGAAACACACGUCCUUUUCAAUCCCAAAAUCUCGUCAAAAGGCGCGGUAAUGGUCAUGUCCAAGCCGCCGAAGCGUCGCCAUAUAGAUGAUGAUCCGACCCUCACCACAGACAUGUCUCAGGGGGUAUCGAGCGACGCGAUCAUCAACCCAGGGACCGCCAGCGAGGCCAUCCAGGGGAGCACAUUUGCAUCGAGACACCCAACCAUCGGACUCACCGCGUCAGGAAAAUCCCGGGACCCGAGGAGGCCACAUAUCCCGGCAACCACGCCAUUCGCUAAGAGCCAACCUGACGAGCGACAUAUCAAAGAACGGAUCCCGCUGAGCACCAUGAGGGAAGAAGACCCAAGAGAAGCCCUUCUCAGGUACGCCGACAAGGCAGAGAAGGACCCUAUGUUUACGAAAGCAUGGAAAACCACGCAGCCCAAGACCAUUUAUGCAGAGUUAAGUGAUGAGGAAGAAGAGGCAGGACCACAGAAGAAGAAGCAGAGGACGUAACGGCUUGUCUCCGCGAGACACAUGAAUCAUCAUUUCACCUGGAGGACUACGACCAAAACAUAUCGAGACAACUUUUCGAGAAUCCCAGAAACCCUCCGUUGGAAAAUCAAAAGAAAUGGCCGAACCCAAACUACACAGGCUCGCCCCCAAAAAACAUCUAAUAUACAGGUCAAGCGGCUAAAGGCGAGAGCGAUCUUCAUCUUCGAAUCGGUGAAUAUGCAAGACGCCUUCAAACUUCCUUCGCUGGCUUGCCAGUAAUGGCUUCCAUAACUCCCUUGCGCGAUGGGUGGACAAGACGCUUGAUACCCAUCCAGGGAGUAUUCAUUGGGGACUCGCCCGUGUAAAUCAGGGUGUCGUACAAGAAGCCGCCGAAGGUGCAUCCAAUGAAGGGGCAGAUCAUCGGAACCUGGAAAUUUCCUUGUCAGUGUUCUGCCCGGACAUGCCUGAAAUAGAAGGAUAUACCCAGAAAUAGUACCCUCCCGCGCUCCACACUUCAUGCCCAUAGCCUACAAAAUAGGUGAACAAUCUGGGCCCAAAGUCUCGAGCCAGGUUAAUGGCAUAGCCGGUCUCCCAACCCAGCGUGGCCCCAAUGCCAAAGAUCAAGAAGAACAACCCCAAGGGAACCAUAAUGCCCGCUCCCAAGUUCGCAUCGUCUUUCAAGGCAAAGAUGACGAAUACCAGCACCGAGCUCGAGAUGAUCUCGGAAAAUACCUGACCCGUCUUUGUCAGGAAUGGCUGCGGGUAGGUGCAGAAGACGCCCGCAGUGGCAUGGUCCGAGAAACCUGGGACGGUGCGGAUCGAAGCGCCACCUUCAUACGCAUCGAUCGCGGACUUGUAGUUGCCGUAGAUGACGGCCGCGCCGCAAAAACACCCUAGCACCUGUGCUGCAGCGUAUAUCGGGAACUUAUACCAGGGAAACUUGCGAUACAGGCAGUUGACCCAUGUGAUUGCGGGAUUUAAAUGGCCUCCUGCACAGCCUGCGACGUAGACGCCCAGCAUGACGCCGAUACCCCAUCUGUUCGACCGAAAAGAUCAGCAAAUCUGCCACCUCGUUGAGAGAGUUGCGGGCUUUUUUUGACACGAAGGUGGCGCCAACGAGGUCCCAGAAAGGUAGACAGUGACGGAUUUGGAAGCAAGAGGGAAUGAGACAAAGGCAAACCACUCACCCCCAGGAAAUAGACUGAUACUCGCCCUUGUUCUGACUGCUUUGGGGCAACUUGGGAUUCGCACUCAACGUGACCUGGGCGACGCUCCCGUCCCCAAACAGAAUCAUGAUGAAAGUGCCCAUGAACUCGGCGAAGGGGUCUCUCAGAUGGUGUCUGAUGCGGCUCCACAACAGGUUCUUAUGGUGCUGGUAAUCUUCCUCGGCCUCGGUAUACUUCAGGGCGUUGUCGAUGGGCGGACCGUGCUCCUGGUGGUACGGGUAGGGCGCGUCUGGGUUCGGGUCCAUGCUCCGCGCAUUUUGCUCCUGGUCGUGUUCGCGGUGAGCAAACGUAACUUCGUCCGAGGCCGGUUCCGAGGAUGAGGAGCCGGGAGCGCGCGUGUGGGGGAUGUGGAAGGGAUGUUCUUUUUGUUUUUCAAGAUGAUCCAUGGUGGAACAGAGGUUUCAGGCUUGCGCGUUUUGUCUAGGAUGAGGCUGUAGGAGCAUAUGGGG